UCCUAGAGAGAGAGGAGAGCGUAAAAGAUGAAUAAAUUACCCGACCUGUUCAUAACAAUAUCGUGCAGUAGGAGAGAGAGAAUCGCAUUCUAAAUGGAAACGGAUGUGGGUCUUGAAAAGCGUGUUUUCUGGGUGCUGGAAAGCGUUAAAUAGGUGAAGUGAAAGUGUCCAACAACCCAUUCUCUUCCUUCAUGUUCACAACCAUAAUGUCGGCGAUGCAACUUUAUUGCGCCCUCAUGCUCAUGGCCUGAACACCUUAGGGUUUCGACCUCCAUUGAAGAGAGAGAGUCAAAUUCCUAGAGAGAGUGAAAUUCCUCGGGGACUCCGUCUGGGCAGUAAUGGGUGGAUGGCCAAAUCCCCAACGGUAAUCACAAAGUGUUUUUUCCUUCUUGUUUUGGUUACUUGCACUCAAUAAAACUUAUUAUUUAUACGCAUGGUACAUAUCUGUUAUUUGAUUUAUCUCCUGCAAGUGAACCCCACAACAAAAUUUGGUUUAGAAUUGGUGACAGACGAGAUUCGCCUCAAGCGCUUUCUGGGUUUCUUCAAGUACCUUCCUAGGGACGAAACCCAGAUCUUUGAUUUUGCUACGAUUUUCAUAUUCGGGUCGGUGAUCAACCCAAACACGCAGAGAGAGAGAGAGAGAGGGUUGAAGAAUUCGCUGUGUGUUAAGAGAUAAAGGAGAAUUGGCUCUGGGUUGCAACGUAAAAGAAAAUUGGGUUGAGAGAUAAAGAGAAGGCUUCCAAAAUUUGCCUGUCUUGAACACACACCUAGAGAGAGAUAUGGUGAGCAGCAAAGAGUCCAGUCCCAACUCAAUUCAUUCCAAUGGUGGCAUUCCCCAUUUGAAUGGCGUCGAGGAGAAGCUUGAUGAGCUCCGUCUCCUAUUGGGUAAAUCAGAGGGCGACGUCCUUAGAAUCGUAGGCGUUGGAGCAGGGGCUUGGGGCAGCGUCUUCGCAGCUCUCAUGCAAGAUGCUUAUGGCCACCUUCGAGACAAAAUUCAGGUCAGGAUUUGGAGGAGGGCCGGGCGAUCGGUUGAUAGAGCAACAGCUGAGCACUUAUUCGAGGUGAUCAAUUCAAGAGAAGAUGUACUAAGAAGGCUUAUAAGACGAUGCGCGUACCUUAAGUAUGUUGAGGCGAGGUUGGGUGAUCGAACUCUCUAUGCUGAUGAGAUUUUGAAAGAUGGGUUUUGUCUAAAUAUGAUUGAUACGCCUCUCUGUCCUCUCAAAGUUGUGACAAACUUGCAAGAAGCUGUUUGGGAUGCUGAUAUUGUGGUUAAUGGGCUUCCAUCUACUGAGACAAGGGAGGUGUUUCAGGAGAUUAGUAGGUAUUGGAAGGAGAGGCUCACACCUCCCAUUAUAAUCUCGUUGUCCAAGGGUAUUGAGGCUGCGCUCGAGCCUGUUCCUCACAUAAUCACUCCUACUCAGAUGAUAAAUCGUGCAACUGGAGUUCCUAUGGAAAAUAUACUUUAUCUUGGAGGGCCAAAUAUUGCUUCUGAGAUAUAUAACAAGGAGUAUGCUAAUGCUCGAAUUUGUGGAGCUGACAAGUGGAGGAAACCACUAGCAAAAUUUUUAAGACAACCCCAUUUCAUUGUUUGGGAUAAUAGUGACCUCAUUACACAUGAAGUUAUGGGUGGUCUGAAGAAUGUCUAUGCUAUUGGCGCAGGUAUGGUUGCAGCUUUAACCAAUGAGAGUGCCACGAGCAAAUCAGUAUAUUUUGCACACUGUACAUCUGAGAUGAUUUUUAUAACACAUCUGUUGGCUGAGGAACCAGAAAAGCUUGCUGGACCUUUGCUUGCUGAUACCUAUGUCACACUGUUGAAAGGUCGAAAUGCAUGGUAUGGUCAGAUGCUAGCAAAAGGGGAAUUAAGGCCAGACAUGGGCGACAGCAUUAAAGGAAAGGGGAUGAUUCAGGGGGUGUCAGCCGUUGGAGCUUUUUAUGAGCUUCUCAGCCAGUCUUGCCUGAGUGUUUUACAUCCCGAAGGAAAAACACCUGUUGCUCCAGUUGAGCUGUGCCCAAUCCUGAAGACGCUCUACAAAAUACUGAUCUCAAGGGAGAUUUCAACUGAGGGGAUCCUCCAAGCAUUGAGGGAUGAGACUAUGAAUGACCCCAGGGAUCGCAUUGAGAUUGCUCAGAGCCAUGCUUUCUACAGGCCAUCCCUUCUGGGGCAGCCUAAAUGAGUAAUGGUGAUGGUGAUAAAUGUGAGAAACUUAUAGAAAACCACAGAGGAUGUCCACAAGGUUACUUCUAUGGAGAGCAAUACGGCAUUUAAAGAAUAGUGUAACAAGGGAAUAGGGGGCAUUCAUCGGCUACGGAACAUGUGUAUUUAUUUGAAGUAUUUGAGAUGAGAUUCAUCAUCAGGAGAUUUUCUCCAUUGAUCCAAGAUGUGUAUCGGCUUUCCUUGGAGAAAGGGAACAAUUCUUAUAUA